GCGGGCACUAUUGGAGGCCUUAAUAAUGGAGGGCGGCGGAGGCGGGUCGGUGUCCAACGUGGAGGUCUGCAACCUGGCCUACGCGGGGCGCCUGGAGGAGCUGAAGGAGCGCUUGGCCGCCAACCGGGGCUUGGCGACGCGCGCCGACCAGGAUAACAGGACAGCCCUCCACUGGGCAUGUUCGGCUGGACACACGGACAUUGUUGACUUCUUGCUAAGCUUGGGAGUGCCUGUGAAUGACAAAGACGAUGCCGGCUGGAGUCCUCUGCAUAUUGCAUCCUCAGCUGGCCGAGAUGACAUCGUGAAGAUCCUCCUCAAGAAAGGUGCUCUGAAGAAUGCGGUCAAUCAGAAUGGCUGUUCACCUCUGCAUUACGCAGCAUCCAAAAACAAGCAGGAGAUUGCAUUGAUGCUGCUAGAAAACGGAGCGAAUCCAGAUGUAAAAGAUCACUUGGACUCUACACCACUGCACAGAGCAGCAUCCAAAGGCAACCUGAAGAUGAUACAGAUCCUUCUGAAGCACAAAGCCUCUGUCAAUCUACAGGAUUCGGAGGGGAACACACCUCUCCAUUUAGCCUGUGACGAAGAGAGAGUGGAUGAAGCUAAGCUCCUGGUGUCCCAUGGUGCAAGCAUAUAUAUUGAGAACAAAGAAGAAAAGACACCACUGCAAGUUGGGAAAGGCAAUCUGGGGUCAAUACUUCGGAGACUAGUUGAAGGCUAGUGGCAUUGCUUGACUCGGACCCUCGUUUUGAUGAAUACGCUCAGGACUGUUCACUGGUCUGUGUUUCUGUUUUUUAAACUGGCUUUAACUGUCAUCCCUUGAUUUAUUUUUAUUGUAGUGCAUCUGUUAAAUUUUUCUUCAUCCGGUGGCCAAGCCACCCUCCUUUAAUUUCUUGAUACUCUGUUUAUUUCUACUUUUUAAGAUAUAAUUUUCCAGUGUAGGGACUUGGUUAAAGUCCUGCUUUUCUUGUAGAAGACACUCAGAAACCAUCCUCCCAUCCUGGUUCUCUCCAUCCCGGCGUAUAAGGUUGAUUCUAAAAACAGGCUGUAUUCAUUGUUCUUCCUGCAAGCAUGUGCAACCCACAGGGUAUUAACACUGAUCCUUAUCAGCUUCCUUCAAUUUCAAUGUUGACAUGGUUGUUUUGAGUAAAAGCAGAAUGCACUGGAGCCCCACAAAGAGGACGAAUGGAAUAGACUUGCCCCAAAAAGUUGGUGUAAUAUUUUUGGGAAUUGUUCUUUGAAGGAGUUACUCAGCCCUACAAUUUGUCCAAGCAGGGGAGUGACAGGAAUGAAACUUGUAGGAAGCCUGUUGUGAGCCCACUAAGCCUGCAAGCAGGGAGUGUAUUACUUCUGAAUAACAUAAAAGACCUUUGCAACCUUA